AUGAUUCGCGCCGUGCUGUUGGCCACCUUGGCCGCGGCCACGGUUGCCACCGACACCUUCCCCUUUGCCUUUGGUGGCUUUUCCGACCUCUCCACCUGCAGCUGCAUGCCCAACCGACCCCCGACCGUCAUGCGCACCCCUCCUCCUCGUGAGGACAUUUGCGCCAUGAUUGACUGCCCUCGCGCCCCUGGACAGUGCUUCCAAGAUUCGGAAUGCGUUGACGGCGUCUGCUUGGCGCCCCGUCCUCUGGCCUUUGGCACUCCCUGCGAUGAUCAUAACGACAACACGAUGGAGGAUGUGUGCUCGGGUAACGGCGAAUGUAUUGGCAAGCGCUUUACCUGCCCACCUGACAUGGAGCUGACGCUGCCCGUCAACUCGGUCUCUGUCCAAGCUCACUGGAGCGCCCCGUCAGCCAGCUUUGCCACCGGCAGCGGCUGGACCUACGAUUCCAACUACGCCCCCGGCGCGUUCUUUGGUGCCGCCACCCUCGAUGCCUUUGAGAGCUUCUUCAACCCCGACGUGGCCAUCACCUGCCAGGGUGGCCUCGCUGUCUGCACUUCCCCGCGCAGCUUCCUUCCCCCGCGCUUGCCCCGCCCUCCCAUGAUGCCGCCCAAGUUCUUCAGCGGUCCUUCCGGCCAGAUCCCCACAACCACCCCCGUGCCCACCACCACCACCACCACCACCACCACGCGUGUCCCCACCACCACCACCACCACCACCACCCGCCCCCUCACUACCACAAGCUCCACAACCACUCGCCCUGGCACGACCGUGGCGCCCACUGGCGGUUUCUGCAACUUCCGUCAGGUUGACGUGCUCUUCGUCCUCGACGCCUCGGGCUCGGUCGGUCAGGCCAACUUCAACCUGGCCCAGCAGUUUGUGAUUAGCGCCGUCUCUCAGCUCGAUGUGGGAUUGGCUGCCAUUCGCGUUGCCGGUAUGAUGUUCCACGCCGAGGCCCUCCCACAGUUUGACUUUGACGACUACACCUCUGCUGCCCAGGUCCAGAAUGCCGUUGCCAACUUCAACUAUCCCGUCAACGAGAACUGGGGUACCGCCACGGGCAAUGCCCUCGACUCCAUCCGCACCAACCUCUUGCAAGCCAGUGCCGGCUACCGUGGCGGUGAGGUGGUGGUUUACUUUAUCACUGAUGGCGUGUCCCAAGAAUCGCCCUCGGUGGUUGAGUCGGCUGCCCAGGCCCUUCGCGCCACUGGCGCCCAGGUCAUGGCCAUUGGUAUCACGGAUCAGAUUGAUGAGACUCAGCUUGAGGUCAUUGCUGGCUCAGCCGACAACGUCAUCACUGUUGCCGACUUUGCUAACCUCAAUGAGGCCGUCCGCGACGAUCUUGUCUCGCGCGUUUGCAUCGACACCCCCUCUACCACUGCCUCUCCCACCACCGGUGGCGGUUCCGGCCAGCCCGCUGCUACGAGCGCUGCCCUGCGGGCUAUCGUGAGCGUGGCCGAGCCCGAUGACGUGUGCGAAAACUUUUACACGCGCAACACCAACGAGCGCUGCUCGUGCCCCGGAGACUGCCACACUUGUGACUGGAACGACGGAGCGCCUGGAGCCUGCCACUUCUGCAAGAACGCUGCCUACCUCAUGCCCAACGGCGUCUGUGGCGACUCAUGCCCCACGGGCAGUAUUCCCAAGGGCAGUGGCAACUUCCGCCGCUACUGCGAGGUUCCCACCGUUACCGAGGAGCGCUGCCUCAACUUUGUCACGGACGUGACAGGCACCAGCUGCCGCUGCCCUGGUGACUGCCACACGUGUGCCUGGAUCAACGGCCAACCCGGCGAGUGCGAGUUCUGCAAGAACGCUGCCUAUCUUCAGCCCGAUGGCACCUGCGAUAGCGGUUGCCCCCGCGGCACUACCCCCAUGGGUUCGGGCAACUUCCGCCGCUAUUGCGCCGAGCCCGUGGCCGACGAGGUUUGCCAGAACACCAUCACCAAUGUCACCGGCUCCCCGUGCUCUUGCUCGGGCGAUUGCCACACGUGCGACUGGACCAAUGGCGCCGCGGACACUUGCCACUUUUGCAAGAACGCCGCCUAUCUGCAACCCGAUGGCACCUGUGCUGACUCGUGCCCUGCUGGCACCAUCCCACAAGGCUCUGGCAAUUUCCGCCGCUACUGCGAGGUGCCUCCCACCACUCCCGCCAGCUUCGACGGCGUUGAGGUUUGCGACGACAGUGUUGCCUCGGUUACGGGACUGCCUUGCACUUGCAGCAGCAACUGCCACACCUGCUCUUUGGUCAACGGCGUGGCUGGUGAGUGCACCAAGUGCCGUAACCAGCAAUACCUGCUUGAUGGCGAGUGCUUGGCAUCGUGCCCCUCGGGCUACACGGGCGUGGGUACCGGCAACUACAAGCGCGUCUGCGUAGCCAACCGCCGCCGUUCCAUCCUGGGCCUCGAGUCUUUCACGGGUGCAGCUUCAGCGGUGGCUGGUGAAACCGGCUCGCCCCUCCUUAUUGCCGCCACUGUUCUCGGUGUCUUUGCGGUGGUGGUCGGUGCCAUUGUGUCUGCUCGCAAGUCGCUCAAGUCGCGGCGGGACAGCCUCCUUCCUCUUGCUGAGGUUGAGGACGAUGCAGCACGGUCUACCAGCCCGCUGGCCAGUGUUGAUGCAACACAUUAA